CAGGUUUAUGUAUCUUUGUUGUUGGGAGUAGAGAGAAAAAACAAUAAGAGACUUGCGUCAAAUGCAGCAACUACAGCAAGGGAAAGGAAAUGAAGGUAGUAGCAGCUGCUACUGAUGAUAUUCAUCAAACUUCUGGAAACUUGGACUAGCUGUGGAAGGACUCGAACAAGAAGUCAUAGGUUUAAAGUUCUCCUUAUUGCCAUUGGACCGAGCACGAGAAAAGUCUCCCUGUUAUUGCCACUAUAUAAGCGAUGAUAAACACGAGGAUAAUACUUGAAGUUAUCUACUAGGAACCAAAAAAAAGAUGUUUGAAUCCGACGAGCGUUUCAAAAACAUAGACUUAUUUUGUGCAAAAGAUAACUAGUUUUCCUUCUUUUUUCACAUUUGUCGUGUUCGUAAAUUUGGAUUCCCAAAUAUAGAAAGUCCAAAAAGAUUAGCGUGCGUCUUACGUCUCCAUUUUUGUCUCUUACCAAAUGAAUCUGAGGAAGUUAAAAUUUCCUCUGUUCUUCCCCCUUUUACCACAGAUCCAAAUGCAUCUCUCUCAACACUUUCUUUCUAUCAUGUCUUAUUCUUUUGAUUAACCUCUUUGAUUUUUGUCUUGCAUGCCUUUAGAAUCAGGUCUUUGAGUCCCCCUGACCAGACACAAUGGAUAUAAGCAACGAAGCAAACAUGGAUCCCUUCUCAAUAGGACCCACGGGUAUCAUCGGAAGAACCAUUGCCUUCCGGGUCCUGUUCUGCAAAUCAACGGCUACGCUCAGACACAAACUGUUAGUGUUCCUCGUGUGUUUCUACGGAAAAGCUAAAGUUAUUCUAAAACCGCUUAUGUCGUGGUUACAUCCAAGGAACCCACAAGGGAUCUUGGCUAUGGUGACAACGAUGGCCUUUAUGUUGAAUCGCUACACGAGCUUAAAAGCAAAAGCUGAGAUGGCUUACAGGAGGAAGUUCUGGAGGAACAUGAUGACAGCUGCAUUGACUCACGAGGAAUGGUCUCACGCUGCCAAGAUGCUUGAUAAAGAGACUCCUAAGGUGAACGAGACCGAUCUUUUCGACGUGGAGCUCGUGAGGAACAAGCUCGAGGAGCUUAAGCAUAGACGUCAUGAGAAUUCUCUGAGAGACAUUAUCUUCUGCAUGAGAGCUGAUCUUGUUAGAAACCUCGGUAACAUGUGUAACCCUGAGCUUCACAAAGGAAGGCUUCAAGUUCCGAGGCUCAUCAAAGAGUAUAUCGAUGAGGUCUCUACGCAGCUUAGAAUGGUUUGUGAUACGGACACGGAAGAGCUUUCUCUCGAGGAGAAACUAUCUUUUAUGCACGAGACGAGACAUGCGUUUGGUAGAACGGCUCUGCUUCUGAGCGGAGGAGCUUCUCUCGGUGCUUUCCAUCUCGGUGUGGUGAAGACCCUUGUGGAACACAAGCUGUUGCCGAGGAUUAUAGCCGGUUCAAGCGUGGGGUCUGUGAUGUGUGCGGUCGUUGGGACGAGGUCGUGGCCUGAGUUACAAAGCUUCUUUGAAGGCUCUUGGCACGCGUUGCAGUUCUUUGACCAGAUGGGAGGGAUCUUCACUAUUGCGAAACGUGUUAUGACUCAAGGUGCGGUUCAUGAGAUCAGGCAUUUGCAGUGGAAGCUGAGGAACCUCACUAACAAUCUCACGUUCCAAGAAGCUUACGACAUUACAGGACGUAUCCUGGGGAUUACAGUUUGUUCGCCGAGGAAGCACGAGCCGCCUAGAUGUCUUAACUAUCUGACAUCUCCUCAUGUGGUGAUAUGGAGUGCAGUGACUGCUUCUUGUGCCUUCCCGGGUCUUUUUGAGGCUCAAGAACUCAUGGCUAAAGAUAGAACUGGUGAGAUUGUUCCGUAUCACCCACUCUUCAACAUGGAUCCUGGAGAGAACUCAGGAGCUUCGGUUAGGCGCUGGAGAGAUGGUAGUUUGGAGAUGGACUUGCCGAUGAUACAACUCAAAGAGCUUUUUAAUGUUAACCAUUUCAUUGUGAGUCAAGCUAACCCUCACAUCGCACCUUUCUUGAGGAUGAAGGAGUUUGUGAGAGCUUGUGGAGGCAGAUUUGCAGCAAAGCUUGCUCAACUAAUGGAGAUGGAAGUGAAGCAUAGAUGUAAUCAAGUGCUAGAGCUCGGGUUGCCUCUGAGAGAAGUAGCGAAGCUAUUUGCUCAAGAAUGGGAAGGGGAUGUCACUAUCGUCAUGCCAGCCACUAUUUCUCAGUACUUGAAGAUCAUACAGAACCCAUCAAACGUAGAGAUCCAAAAGGCGGCAAACCAAGGAAGGAGAUGCACGUGGGAGAAGCUGGCAGUCAUCAAAGCAAACUUCGGAAUCGAGCUCGCCCUCGACGAGUGCGUCGCCGUCCUCAACCACAUGCGCCGCCUCAAACGCACCGCACAAAGAGCAGCAGCCGCCGCCUCCGCCUUAUCCUCCUCCUUAUCCUCCUCCCACCAUCACCACCACCAUCCUCAUCCUCUACCCGUGGGACCCACACGGUUCAACGCCUCCAAGAGAAUCCCUUCCUGGAACUGCAUCGCCCGCGAGAACUCAACCGGUUCCGUCGACGACGACGUCCUCUCCGAAGCCGCCCUGCUCUACCAGCAGCUCGUGGUCAACCGAGGCGGUAACUGCAACGGCUCGCACGACGGAGACUCGCCGGAAGCUGGUGACUGGACGAGGUCCGGCGGACCGUUGAUGAGGACCACGUCGGCUCAGAUGUUCAUGGACUACGUGCAGAAUCUUGAAGGUGCUGAACAAGGCGUCGAGUUGAACGGAGACGCUGCUGCGAGGAGCAUCACUGUGGCGGAAGGGGAUUAUCUGCAGACGGGGAGGACGCAUAACGGAUUCGUGUUGAAUCUUGUUAGGGGGGAGAGUUUGAGGAGGAAUAAUAAUCAAGACGUGGAGGAUAGGCUAAACGUGGAUGAAGCUCCCGAGUGCGUGCAGCUUGAUUCGCCCGAGAAGGAUAUCGAUAGAGGCAGCUCGGCGUCUGAAGACGGAGACGCGGAGGUGGUGGUGGAUACGAAUGUAAGCCACGAGGAGUGAGAGAAUGUUUCCUUCUUUUUGGAAAGGACUAUAGGUUGUAAAUCUUUUACGGUUACUUUCAAAUUUUGUAUGUGUACAGUCCUUUGUAUUUUGAGAAAAUGUUUUAUUUUUAGAGACCAAACUUUUUCCUGAAUUAAUUUUUCACUAUUAUACA